AUGGACAUUCCUGGGCCGCACAGUACCCGGCACGGACAGCGCGAGCUGAAGCGCAGCCCCAGCCACGACGCCAUGCAGCGCCAGAAGGAUGAGCGACGCAGGUCCUUCGGCAGCACUUUCGCCACGCUGCCGUCCGCCAUUUCUUCCUCGCCCACGACACGCCGCGGACAGAGGCUCGGCCCCGCCCGGUUCACAUCCAUGGAAGACGUGCUUGACGAUCCAGACAUGGAGUACAAGCUUCGAGAGUCCUUUCCAAAGAGGCCGGCCUCGCCGCAUCCAGGCGAGAGUGUUUCACAUUUGGGUUCAUUGGCGUCGGCCAGCCGCCAGCUCAACUUCUCGCCCAGCUCGAUAUCACCACCGUCGGCUCACCCGAUGAAGGAGGAGACGCUGGACGACGCACUGCAUCGCGUGCUCUCCUGCUCGCACCACUGCCGGCUCAAGAACGAGGACAUCACCUGGGCUCUCAACGUGCUCAACCAAAAGCUCAAGGUACACACGAUCAGGGACUUUUCCGAUUUGCAGCUGGACAGCCCGAGCACCAAGGCCCACCUCCUGAAGAACUGGCCGGUCAACAGAUUCCUGAGCUGCCUCCAGCGAGAGCUGAUCACCAUCUACCGGAGCGAGGAGUCGCCGCUGGACAUGGACGUCGAGGCUUUCCUCCGCAUGAUCCCCAAGCUCAAGAGCCCAGCCAUAUCCGCGCAGAUCACCGAACAGCUCAAGGAGUGUCACAUAUGCAACUAUGAGACUCUAAAGAGCGUGCCCCUCGAAGACCUGGCCGCGAUCCUGGGCGACGACAAGUACGCACAGAUCAUCGUCAAGGAGAUCCACCAGAUUCAGGACUUCUCGAUGGAGAAGCUGCAGCGCAAGUACGACGAGAUCGAGUUCCUCGCCAACGGGAUUCCGCUUAACACCUCCAUCGCCAUCACCAAGAUGACCCGGCUACACAAGCUAGCCAACAAGCUGCGCAGACACAUCUACCAGACAAACUACCCGAUGUUCAAGGGGCGCAAGGAGGAGCUCGAAUAUCUGCUGGAGGUCACCGAGGACUACCGCAACAAUCUGCAGGUCCUGUGCGAGCACCUCUCCGCCACCACCGACGUGCCCAGCGUGCGCGAACUGGAGACCGAGCUGCUGCAGGUGACCGAAGCCAACCGAUUCGACAUCAACGAGGACCUGCUCUCGGAAGUGCUACGCAACUACCCCAAGCAAACCUCGCGUGUCGUGUCGUUCGUGGGUCCGACCCACUCAGGCAAGUCGACGCUGAUCUGUCACAUGUACCCCCACAUGCCCCAACGGCCGCGCGUUUCCCAGAAGGGCGUCUUCCAGCCGACGACCAACAACGUCAACAUGUACGACGACAUCAUGUUUCUGUCGACAACCACCCUCAAGGAGCAGGUAUCGUCCAAGCGCAUCCUCGUGCUCGAUGUCGAAGGUAUCGACGCGUCACCCAACACGCCUGCGGUGACGGCCAAGGACAUUAAGAAGCUGUCGAUUCGGGACAUCAAGCAGAGACUGAGCAACGUCAACAAGCUGCCCCGACUAUGUUACACCAUCUCCAACGUCAUCAUUUACGUCGAUGAAGCCAAUUUUGCCCGAAGAAGUCCGUUCAAGCACAUGCUCGAGUUCGCUCAGCAAUCGACGACCGGCGUUGCGUCGUCGUUCCCGCCCUCGCUCCUCAUCGUGUGCAACAAGUGCACCAUCAACGACCUCGAAAUGUCGGUCGAGGAAACGACGCGCCUCUAUUUGGAGACGCACGACAAGAACAAGCUCCUGGGGCAGGCCUUCCUGCGGGUCGUCUGCGUGUACAUUCCGGACAAGGGCACCGAGAAGAACUACUUCCGGUUCCUGCAGCAGAUCAACGUGCUCAAGCUGCACCUGGAGCUGCUGCUGCAGGAACAGGAGCAGAUCCGACAGCAGCACAACAGCAAUCUGAAUCGAGCGCAGUGGGGCGACAAGUUUCGGUGGAUCGUGUACAACUUCCACCAGGAGCUCAAGGUCACGCCCUACGAAGUCUCGCUCAAGAUCGGCCCUCAGUACAAACUCGAGUCGGUUAUUGUCGACUUUUUCCAUUCGAUUUACGACGACAAGCCGUCCGAGGGCCGGUGGGACAACUACAAGCAGGCCUGCGAAGCCUCGAUCAAACUGCUGGCGAUGAUGACGGUGGCGGCCAACAACGAAGCGCUGCUCUCGCAAUUCCUGCCGGAGAUGAACAAGGUGGUCGAUGGCAUGCUCGCCAGCGUCGCCUACGAGGAAGGACACGAGGGCGAGGAGCCCAUGCCGUCGUUGAGUCUCUCUGGCCUGCUACGCACCCGCGCGACCAGCAAAUCGCCCGAUCCGUUCGACAGCAAAGACGCCACGGGGUCGCUGCUACGCAAUCUGUACACGGCCCUUAUUUCGCCGAGCACCGCGUCGUCGCCCUACCGCGGAGUCGACAAAGCGAUCGGGCAUCUGACCCCGCCGGCCUCGCCCGCCACGCAAUCGAUCCUCGAUCAUCACAAGACCAAGCAGGUCGAAUUCGAGGAGCACAAGCUCUACCGCAGCCUUGUCGGCUUCAUCUGGCAGCGCUUCCACGAGGUGGGUCCUUGUUCGGCCAAGCGACCGGAGUGCGUGGACGGCGACGGAAUGCCGAUCUACUGCACCCAGGUCAGGAACGGUCACAUCUCCCACCGAAGUCAGACCGACAUCUGGGUUUCCGAAGCGUCCAAUCUCCCUUUCUACCCCAGGUCUCACAUGCGCGGCCACUACAGGGUGAUGUGGGCCAAGGCCAGGCGGCAGUUCGGCAAGAUGUUCUAUAGAAAGAUGGCCUCCCAGCUGAACGUGUGGGACGGACCCUUCCAGGAAUACGCCGAUGAGGCGGAGCUCGAGUCGCAUCUGUGCGAGCUGUUCAUCAAGGAGCACGCGGCGUACAACAAGCUGCAGUACCAGCCGUUGGACUUCUUCAGUCGCCUCCUGCUGUUGGUCGAGUCGGUCUCCCCGCGGGUGCUCAACAGCGAGGUCUGCUUCAUCUGCCAGACCAACCAGUGCCGCGGGCGUCUCAUGUUCUGCGGCCACCCCUUCUGCCAAUACUGCAUCGAAAAGCUCGUCAAGCUCAAUGCUAGGUGCCCGAUUUGCAAGAAGCGGGUGGAGGCGACGGUCAACUUCCAGCUGCUGUCGACUUCCGAGGAGGAGUACCUGGCGCUCAACGUGCGCCGGUUCAUAGCCCACUUCCGCGACAACCCCAAUUUUGCCAAGCCGGUGACGGUGAUCUCCGUGAUCGGACGACACACGCGAGAGCAAGCGGCCGAUCUGUACAAGAUAAGCGACAUUCGAGAGAGUGCGGCGGGGCCGGAGCGAUGGCCGGGGAAGGAGCUCACGCAUCCGCUGGCCAUCCUCUUCUUCUGCCUCGAGCAGAACGGUGCUCAGUUCAUGUACAAAGGCGAUACCAACAGGUCGGCCGUGUAUUUCCUGGAGGGCUUCGUGUUGGUGCACUACAACAUCAAUUACGACCCCAAGCGCAUUUCCAACUCGUUGCCCCACCCGCUCUACUUUGCCCGAAGCACCUCGGAUGCGCUGGUGUUUGUGGAGAACAACGGCAAGGAGCUGCCCGAGAAUAAUCUGCUGUCCCAGUUCUGGCGAGGUCGGUUCAAGGAGUUCCUCCUUCCUCCGCGUCAGUCCGUGCUGGGGUGGGCCAUAUUGCUGUCGACCAUGUAUGAAUACUCGCGACGGGAGAAGGCCGACCCGGCAACCGCCGUCGUUCCAGCGUCCAAUCGAGAACAGCUGCUCAACACUGCGAUGGUCGACGCCUACAAGGGAGAGGCGUACCACGCCGUCCAGAAGUUGGAGUCGAGCAAUCGCCUGUUGAUGGCCUCGCUCUGGAAGUACGUCGUCGCGGAGAGCUUCGUGCACUACCUCGGGGAGCUCUGCGUGGCGUGGGCGGUGGAGCCCACCGCCGUGUCCGACGUCCUGGGCACCCUGCUCGACGGCUGCAACCAGCAGGUGCGGGACCAGUUCCUCACCCUCUCCUACGAGCCCGACGAGAGCCCGGCUGCCGUCAAUGCGCGGAAGAAGAAGUCGCAUCAACGGAUGAAGAGCAACUCGUCGUUCCGCUACGAGGAGUUCGCGCUGUGGUGCGCGGACAUACUGGAGUCGACCGAGUGCGCGGUCUCGCUGACCCACCUCACGGCCUACCUCGACCGCUUCGCCCACGACAAGGUCGCCCACGCGCGUGAGAGCGACGCCACCGGCGGUGGUGGCGACAGCGACGAUUUUGACAUCAGCGGCGACAUCGGCGGCGUCAAGCUGCGCAAGCAACUGCAGCAGCGCGGCAGCCGACGGCGGCGUGAGAGCCGCGAGAAGCUGGAGCGCGAGCGCAAGAAGCAACUCGCCGCGUCUUCGUCGGCGGCGGCGGGGGAAGUGGACAGGAAAGAGCACCACGACGUCGGCGGCGUGGCCGGGUCGGGCGACGAGAGCGGCGCCACCGCCGACCACCGGGUGGUAGCCGCGCGGCGGAUGAAGCUGUCGUCCAUGUUCCCCGUCUACGGCCACCUGGUCAACCUGCGCGACCUCAAGCGCGACAUCGGCGCCGACGAAGUCGAGACCCUCUUCUCCGUGCUCUGCUACCGGCCCUAUCACCCCGCCACGACCUUGCCCUCUGCCUCCACGUCCCCGCCGAUGCCAGAGCAUGGGCAACAUGAAGCAGCCGACGUGGCCGCCACGCCGACGCCGACGCCGGCCAAGGCGACCCCCACGCCCCGCAAGUCGUCAUCGCCCACCCGACGCGCCUCGCCCACGAGCCCGCGCGAGGCGGCGUUGGCGUCGGGCGUCAGCAACGAGGGCGAGCUGGUGUGCGUGUUGUGCCUGAGCGGCAAGGCCAUCCGGCUGCAGCUGUGCGGCCACCCGAUCUGCGCCGUGUGCUGCCGCAGCCUCUCGCGGCUCGAGCAGUUCCUCGAAGACGACGUGUGUGAGUGGCGCGUGGCCCAGCGCGCCAGGGAGCGACGCGAGCGCGAACGCGAACGCAAGGAGGCCGCCGGCCCAACGACGGCCUGGCGCGGCGCGUCGUGGUCGUCGUCGCCCGUGCAGAUGUCGCCAAUGGCGUCGCCCACUUCGCCCGGUUCAACGCCGACCACCACCACCACCACGUCAUCAUCGGCGCCCACGACGCCGGUCAGCGGCCGCAGCGAUGCCGUUGGCGACCUGUACAAGGUGGGCGCUUACGGCGAGCGCGUGCGGCAGAUGGAGCGUGAGCGGGAGCGCGACCGCGAGGCCCGGGAACGCGUGCGCGACAAGGGCAAGGAGAAGGAGAAGGACGACGACGCGUUGAUCGACGGCGCCGCCGCGGAGAAGGAGACGCUUAUACGGGCGAACGGCGGCGGCGACGAGCACGACUUUGCCAAGACGGUCGACGAGACGGUGAAGCUGUUCUGCUGCCCCAUUUGCCACCGGUGGGACAUCGUGCGAGUCCAUCGCUACAUCGCGGCCACAAUCAAGCGACCGGAUGCAGCGGAGGUGCUGGCUCUGAUGUUGGCGCCGCUCUACCAGGACAUCAAGAAGGGCCGGGCCUACCUGCACAGGCCCCUGGAGAAGCUGGAAUGCGCGAAUCCGGCGGUGGGCAACAUCCGGGUGGGCAACUGGCGCGGCAAGGCCGUGGCCGUCAAGUACUACGCCGGCUGGUCGGCCCAUGAAUUCAGAAGCGAGCUGGCGGCUAUGGUGCUCACGAGCGGGUGCAAGCAAAUCGUAAAGGUCCUGGGCGCCCACGCUCCCGAGGACCACCUGCCACGUCACGACAAUCCCUUCCAGAUCGUGCGGCCGUUCUACCCGCGAACGCUCGAGAAGGUGCUGUGGUCGGCCGAGGAGGUGCUCAAGGACGUCGCCAAGGCCAUCCGCUACCUUCACGUCCUGGGCUUCAUCCACAAGAACGUCAAGCCCGGUAACGUCGUGGUGCAGGAGCUGCGAGGCCGGAGGAAGGAGAAGGCGCUGCUGGUGGGCAUGUCCUUCGGCAGCGCGGCGUCGCUGGUUUCGUCGCCGUCCGCCGCCACCAAGGCCUCCGCGCAACGCUACAAGGCUCCCGAGGUGACCAAGGGCGGAGCGCCCACGAAGGCGUCGGACGUCUACGGCUUUGGCAAGACGAUCCGGAAAACGCUGGUGAAGGUGUUCUACAAUUCGAACGCAGCGAUGGAGGACUGGCAUUCGAUCGAGCUGCCCGAGGUGUGCCCCUAUCACAUACGCCAACUUAUCGACAGCUGCGCCGACCCCGAGCCGAGCAAGCGACCGAGAAUCGAGGUGAUCCUGGAGGCGCUCAGCAGCGAGGUACGGCUGCAAAGCGAGGAGUGCAUCAACAUCCCGGAAGAGACCUUUGGCGAAGGCGACGGUGACGAGUGGCAACCGAUCGUGGGCGACCUGUUGCUACCCGACCUCGAUACCGUCAAGAACUACCUCCUUUGGCCCGUCUACCGCGAGGAGGACGACACGGACGACAGCGACCACGAGGACAACGGCCUGUCGUUCAGCAUCAACAUGGACGACGAGGACCCAAGCGCGGGCCUGCAAGACGUGAAGCUCGAUCUCUCCGAGUCGGACGCCGACGAUUCCGAUCUCGUGGACACUGCGCGGAUCAAGCGGCGCACCAGCCUCCUUUCCCGGGAGGACCUCGACAAGCGACCACAGGGCUGGCAGUGCAGCGCGGAGGACUUCCACCGAAUGCUCGCCGAUGAACGCGGGCCUUUCGUUGAUAUGCUGCACUACUAUAGGCAGGCGUUCGCGCGUCGCUACUCCACGAGCCGACACUCGAACUCGGCCCUCUCCGCAGCCGUGAGCGACGUGAAGCUCUUCAUCAAGUUCCUCCUCGACUUCCUCGUCAACCUCGCCGACGACCUGUCUUUCUUCGAAAUGAAGGCACGGCCUUAUAAUUUCCUCUGUGAGGUGAUUUUCCCGCUGCUCCACGACAUUCUGUUCGAGCGCAUCAAGGCCAACCACACCCACAAGAACAACUUCGUCUCCAAGAAGAUGGCCUCCUUCCAGCACCUCACCCUCGAGGACCUGGGCGCCCCGGAGGAGUGGCGGCUGAAGGGAGUGUCGCAGCCCUACGCGCCGCAGAUCGAGGCCCUCAAGCAGCUGCCCCGCUUGCCCUCGCCCUACCUCAAGGCCCGCUUGCUCCAGGAGGUGUUCGACGAUGUUGUCGCAGAAGCCGAUCAGCACCAUCGCGGAAAGGUCAAACUUGUGGCCGGCUUCGAUGACACGAUCGCGGUCAUCCAGUACCUGCUGCUCAAGGCGCAGAUCCCGCACAUCUACUCGGAGUACUACUUCAUGGACGUUUUCCUCGAAGAAACCACCAACGACGAGUUGGCGCUGCGCUUCGUGCUGGGCAAGCUGGGCGGCUUCAUUCAGAUGAUGUUCGAGGACAACAUGGAGGUGCCCAUCGGUUCGGUGAAGGACGCGCUCAUCGAAGCCGUGGCCGAGCGGGAGUGCCCGGAGGACACGGCCCUCAUCGCUUCCAUCUUCUCCCACAUCGCCGAGGUGGUGGACAAGGACCACUCGCCCUGCCUCGUGCCUCGAAAGAUCCGCGAGGAGCUGCAGAAGGCCGUAGCCGCCGAACGCCAGCGACCCGCCAAAACCCUUCUCGCCGGGCACGCCGCGACGCUACGGACCGACGGCGCCAACAACAUAGGCAGAGUGUUCCAGGGCGGCGCCAACGAGAUCGUGAUCGGCUCCAAAUCCCGAGAGGCCACUAUGACCCCCGGCGGCGGCGGCGGUUCGAUGACGGCCGCCGGCAACGGAGCGCAGAAGCGGGCGGAGGAUAGGGAGGCCAAGGUCAAGAACGAAGAGGAGGAGAUGGAGGAGGAAGAGGAGGAGGUGGUCGCGCCGACGUGGGUCGGCCCGGUGCUGGGCAUCGUGGGCGUGGUGCUCUACAAGCGCAAGUUCCACUUCCGCAAGCAGUACUCGCUCGUGCUCUACAACGAGCUCAAGUGGCAGCUACGCGACCUCCAGGAGGAGCAGACGAAGCAGAAGGAGCGCGAGCGCAAGCGACGAGCCGGUGGCACCGCCAUGACCAUCCCCGCCGCGCCGUCAUCGGAGUCGUCGUCGGGCUCCUCGGCCACAUCGUCGUCUCCGCCUUCGCUCUUCCAGGGCCGGGACUAA